AACUGCCUGAAUGCCGGGAUCAGGCAACUGCCUUGAUUUUUGGCCCUACGCAGUUCGGCAAGCAGUGGACCCGAAUCCGAUCUGGCCCUAAGUUACAGAGCUAGUGACACAGCAGCUUACAGAGCCCGUGCAACGCGUGGUCCCCCAUAUUGUAUAAAGGGACACGAAAAUGGCAGAACAAACCAACACUCAUCUUUCCACCACGAAAUAAGCAUGCCUACUCCCCCUCCUCGCAUCGUCGCUGUCUUUGGUUCAACCGGCCUGCAAGGCGCUUCGGUUGUCCAUGCUCUCCUCAAGGACGGCACAUUCACCCCCCGCGCGAUCACGCGUGAUCCCGAAUCCAAAGCCGCCAUCAGGCUGAAGACUCUAGGUGUCGAGAUCACCAAAGCGGACGCUACGGACAAGGCUUCGGUCGUUGCCGCGCUCACCGGCUGCGAGGCCGUCUUCGCUCUCACGACGUUUAAUUUCCAUGCCCCGGGACCCGACGAGCGGGAGCAGGGCAAGAAUAUCGUGGACGCUGCCCAAGAGGCAAACGUCAAGUUCUUUAUCUGGAGCUCGCUUCCAAGUCUGGCGAAACUCUCCGACGGGAAAUACACUCAGUGUGUCCAAUAUGAGUACAAAGCCCAUGUCGAAGAAUAUCUCCGAGCCUCUGGCAUGCCGAACGCGUCGCUCCAUCUCGGCGUGUUUUUGGAGAAUCUCUGGAAAUUCGGAGCCCUACAGAAGACCGAGUCCGGCUCGCUCGAGAUCAGCGUUCCUUCGUACGGGCCGGCCGAUCUGCAGGCAUUCACCUGGGCUGGGAGAGACGUCGGGACAGCCGCUCUUGCACUGCUUAAGAACUACACCGAUUCCGCGCAGCUAAUUUCCGGAAAGGCUUACCCGGUCAUCACUGCCCGGAUGAGCUUUGCGGACUUGGCGGGACUGGCCAGUCAAGGCGCGUGCACACGGUGUCUCGCCUUGUCCUUACUGAUUCGCAUCCAGCGUUGGGCGUCCAUGUUUCGUUUGUGUCUGGGCGGUCGACCGGAAUGGCGAUGCUGGAUGACAUGGUGUGUGCAUUCAUCCGCGGACUUUUUCCGGACACUCAACGCAAGUACUAUCCAGUAUGAAUUCCAGGCAACUCGCCACGGUCUGUACACCGAAACUGCCAUCCCGAACCCGGAGCUCCUUGCAUUGGGCAUGGAGUUCGGGACUGUGGAGGAGUUCAUGAAGCAGGAUGUGGUCCCUCGGUUCAAGUGA